CCGGUUUAUUAGAGCCAUUUUAUCACCACGCGGUCAGAGGAAAUUAUUUAUUACCUUAUUGUAUUGAAUUUCUUUUGAUGUUUUGUUGCGCGCGAUUAUCGGGAAUUCCCGAAAACGACGACGAAAGUAGAGAACUUUAUUAUAGAUUUCGAUACCGACCGACGGUCACAGUGUCACGAACUCCCGGGCCUCGUCACUUUGCUGUUGCGUGCCGGACGUAUUGCUCCGUUUGAAUUUCGUGCCCUGCCGGCAUAUUCGGUAAUUCGGGCAGGCAGGUAUAGUGCCUCAAAGGUUCCGCUGUCCAUUUCGGUAUCUCCGUCCUUGAUCACUGCGAUUCGCCCGCCGAAUAUCAUUUAAUAAGUGAGUAUUAAUAUUUGUUCGAUUUAAUAUUUAAUUACGCGUACCCGGGGAAUCACGUUGGCACAAGAUAGGUUUAACGGUUAAUUAAUAAACAAUUAAUUAUGUUUUAUGACAUUACGGACGAUAAAUGUUGGUCUUUUUAAGUUAGACGGAUAGUUUUCGAAACCCAACCAAUUGCAGGGUAACAGUGGUUACGGUAUUCGCAUUUCAAUUGUACCUACCUGUACGUAAUUAUCUGUAAACAAUAAUGUCAACGGUUACCCGUUGUUAAAAUUAUUUUCUAUAACCCGGUACCCGGUACCUAACCCGAUACCCGGUAUGCAGGUCUGCGUUAAAACUUCCCAAACGGUUUUCUUAUUAAUUCGAUACGUUUUUAUUACGCGCCCGCACGAAAAAGUCGCGUUACAAAGUAAAUAAUAAUUAUACCAACGAACUGUGACGGUUCGAAAAAAUUAUUAUUUUCUUGUACGGAUGUCGUUUUUGGGUUUUUACGCGGGUAUUAUUUCGAGAGGAAAACACACGGCGGGUACACCUGAUAUCCGAAAAUGCUCGUGCCGCAACGUGGGUAAUCGGCAAGUAAUCGAUAUUGUUCAAUCGCGGAAUACGAAUUUCCCCCCCCCCCUCGUUGUCGUCUAAUGAACCGUAAAGAUAUCUCGCAAUUAUGUAAACUCCGGACAAAAAUAUGAAAAAUCACAAAAUUUCUCCGUCCGUCAUGACCGGUAACGUGUAUUAUAGAUGUACCUUCCAGGCGUAAUAAUAACGGGAUUUAGAAUAAUUGCUUUAGAUAAAAAAAAAAAAUUAUAAUCCUAUAAAUAGGUAUACUCAGAAUAUACCGAAAUUAAACGUAUUGCAUAUCCGGAGGUACCCUUCUGCCACGAGUGUGGCUUGGAAAGUAAAAUCACUCGCUACCAAUGGAAAUUUUUGUUACAACAUUUUUAACAUUUAAUUCGCUAUUUACGUGCAUAGUAAUGUACAUUUAGUGGUUAUAUCAAAUUCAAUAAUCGCAAUGUAAUACAAUUUUAAAAAUGGCCAAAUUGUUGGAGACGAACAGAAGUGUAUGACAAUAUUCAUUGAUUUUUUUUCGUUUUUUCGAUGCAUUCAUUGUAGGUAGUUUACAUUUAGAAUGCAUUUAAAAACUAGAACUCGUACCUUACGAAAAUAGUUUUUGAUUGCGAAUUCGCUUGUAAACUUUUGUCUUUUUUUUUUUAUUGAUUGAAUGAUUACUUUAUUAAGGUUAUUUGGUUUUUACACAAUAGUGUAUAUUAUAUUACAUUUCUUUUAUUUUAUGAACAUUUUUAAAAUAAUAUUUUGUAUACGGCAUCAGUAAAUUGCAAAACAGAUUUAUUUCUUUUUAAGAAUGUCACCAAAGAAAAUUAUUUGCAAAUGUAAAAGCUGGUCCUGGCCAUGAGCAUAUAAUUUUUCCGACUCGUCGAGUAUACAACAAAUCGUUAAUAAAAUAAAUAGGAACCAUUAAAAAUUAAUUAAAAGUAAUAUUUAAAUAGGUUGGAGUAAAAUCUUUUAAAAUAUUGGUAUGUAAUUAUAAUUUUUUUUUUGUUUGAAAAAUCAGCUCUUUCACAAUUAACGUUUUACUAAAAUUAUAUAAGUAUGAAUUUUUUAUGUGUACCUGAAUUUGUUUUAAAUAAUAAUAUAAAUACUUGUAGGUAGAUUCUAAGUACCAAUUUUACCAAUUACAAAUGUAAAAACCUGGUCAUUAUUUUUUUGUUAAACACUCUUUAUUUCAUAGUACCUAUUGAUCAUUUUUAAAUUUUUUUUUAAAAAAACCAAGUAAUAAAUAGUUCUAAAAUAUCACACUAUUAUUUUUUGAUCACCAUUAUUUUUGGGCAAAAAAUGACUUCUUAUUUUUGAUUUUCUAAUGACAAUCUAUGGUUGUCACCUUGAAAAUGUUUUAAAUAGAUUAUUAGUUGAAAUAAAUUUGGUGUUGACAUUUUUUUAUUUCUUUCAAUCCAUUGAUGAGAUAAAUUGUAUAAUUUAUAUAAUGUUUUUAUUUCUAGUGGAUGAAUUGAAACAGUUCGGAAAGGCACUUAUGCAAUACAAAUCUUACAAGGAGCGACAGGAGCAUCUUAUAAAAUCACUUGAUCAUCUGUCAUACUACUUUCCUGAGGUAUACUCUCAAAUACUUAGAGAGAUAAAGAAAAGAGAAAUAGAAUCUAAUGAUCCAAAUAAAAUUACCAAAUGGCUGAAUAUUUCAACAUCAAAGACAUAUUAUGUACAACUGCAUGAAGCAUUGAUGUUGGUAAAUAAUAAUAAUACAAUGGCCAAAGAACAAUACACUACUAGCAUAAAGCAUAUGCUGUGUCAAACAAUUGAAAAAAAUACCAAUAUUGAAUUUGUAAUAAAAAUAUGCGACCUAAUAGAGAAAUCAUCACAUUUACAAACCAUUUAUGAGUGAGUUACUAUUUCUAUUUUUUAUUCAGUUUGCAAUAUUAGGUUAUUAUCCGAAUUAUUACAAUUAAUACGAUUAUAUUACUUCUAGGAAUUUGAAACAUCUUAUUCAUCAGGUAAAACAGUUAAAUGGUAAUAAAUUUAACACCCGUAUGGACUCCCAAACAGAAAAUAUGACUGGCCAUUUUGAUUCUCUUAACAUUGAGGGUUAUCAAACUUUUCAACAACAACCCAUACCUGUUUGGCCUACUAUGAUACAACCGAAUAAUUUAAAACAACAUGGGCUUCCGCAUUUUAACUGUAAAUAUAUAGUUAUCUUCAAGUUAUAUUUUUACUAAUACCUAAUAAUCCUUAAUUUUUCAGUGGAAUGUUUUGGUUAUGAAAAUUUUGAAAUGAAAGCAACAGCCAACCAAUAUCCUAAUUUUAGUGUGACACAGACAUUACCAAACCUAACAAUUGUGAAUCAAGAAAUGGACGGAGCUGUCAUGAAGUGGCUUCAUUAUUUGAAGCUCCAUAAAUAUCAAUGGUUCUUUAAUAGUUUGAGUUAUCUUGAAAUCGAAUUCAUUGACGAGGACAACAUUGAAGGAUUCAUUACUAAAGUAAACAAAAACUCCAUUACAAAAGGUGCACAAAAAAAGAUUUGCGUAUCAACUAAAGCAUUAAGAGACAGACAGUCGAAGUUAAAUAACUUAUUAAUGGUAAAUGUACAUUAUAAAUUAUGUGAUCAUAAUAUUAUAAUAAUUUAAAUUGAUUAAAAUACAUAAUUAUGAAUAAAAAAAAUUAAACAUAAAUAAAUACUAUAUAAUUUAAAACAAAGCAAAGCUGUGAUAUUAUUAUAUAGAAUUACUUUGACCAGUUUUGGUUUUAUUUUAAAUCAUGUUGUAUUUAUAAGCUUUAUUUUUAUUUUUAUUACUAGUAUAAAACAUUCAAUUACAAUGUUUUAUUUUAAAAAUGAUUGAAGGUUUUGGAUUUGGAAGUCACACCAGUUGAAUUAUGUGAAUUGAUAACGUACAUGCGAGAUAUAUUACAUUAUCCUAUACCUAACAAAAACUGUGUUGUUGGUGACCAGAUACAAAAAGACAUAGUACUCAUCAUGGACAAAAUUUUAGAUCAUUUAAUGGAAAAACUUAGUGCUACUAGAUAUCUUGUUUCAAACAGUCUGCUUGGAUCUUCCAUUAACAAAUACAUGGAAUGCACCUUUUUGAUAGCUGGAAAUCAAAUAUUCAUGAAAGAUCAAGUCGAAAAAAUAUUAUUAUUUCGCCAAAUAAUCGAGUACAAAGUUAAUCACAUGCCUAGAAACUUCAUGUGAGUAAUUUCAUGAAUUAGAUAAAUAUUUUAUACAUUUAAGAGAUGAGUUUUAAAAUAUUAUUAUAUGUUAUGUAUAAUUUAUUAAUUUAUGUUUAUUAUUUAUGUAAACAAGAUGCACAAUUUAUUAUUUUGUUUUUUACAAUGAUUUAUUUCAAAGAUAUUUUAAGUUUUUUAAUUUUUAGAUUAUUGUUGCGCCCCAUAUUAUUGUUAAAAUAAUAUAAGAAUAUUUUAUUUUACGUUUUAUUAAUUGACAGCUCUGAAAGAU